CACACACAAACACAACAAGGAGGUCAGAUCCCAAAGGUGGUUAAUCUGUCCAUCAAUCAAUCUCUACACAUUGUUCAGUCAAUCUUAUCUAUCAAUCAAAUCAAUCUGUGAGAGAGAGAAUCCCUCAGGAGAGAGAGAGAGUAGAAACUAGAAAGGGCUAAAGUGAGGAAAAACAUGUCAUCUUCAGCUGCUUUUCCACCGGACCACCACCACCACCACCUCUCUCCUCCCUCCGAGCUAUGUUAUGUCCAAUGCAACUUCUGUGAAACUGUCCUUGCGGUGAGUGUUCCUUGCAGCAGUAUGUUAUCUACUGUUACUGUUAGAUGUGGGCACUGCGCUAAUCUCUUGUCUGUCAACAUGCGAUCUUUUCACUUUCCGGCUUCCAUGGCUGCCAACACUGCUGCUAAUCAGUUCCAUCUUGGCCAUAAUUUCUUCUCUCCUCAAAACAUUAUGGAGGAGAUGAGAAAUACCCCAUCUAACUUGUUCAUCAAUCAACCGAAUCCAAACGAGCCCUUCGCACCGGUUCGAGCUGACGAGCUUCCUAAACCUCCUGUGGCAAACAGACCUCCAGAGAAACGCCAAAGAGUGCCUUCUGCUUACAACAGAUUCAUCAAGGAAGAGAUCCAACGUAUCAAAGCAGGAAACCCUGAUAUCAGUCACAGAGAGGCAUUCAGUGCAGCUGCAAAAAAUUGGGCCCAUUUUCCUCACAUCCACUUCGGACUCAUGCCUGAUCAACCCGUGAAGAAACCCAAUGUGUGCCAACAGGAAGGGGAGGAUCUUCUCAUGAAAGAUGGAUUUUUAACCACGGCCAAUGUUGGUGUUUCGCCUUAUUAAUCAAGCUAGGGGUUCUACGUUUAUCGUGUACUUUGCAUGCCUUGUUGUUGCUUAAAUGUUUGAUUAAGACCAAAUAAUUAGGGGUUCUUGUUUUUAUCUUAUCGUCGUCGAAUCAAAGUCUUACGUUCUAGUAUCGAUAGGGAGAUCGGAUGUAAAGUCUAGUAGUUAAGUCAUUCUUGAAUGCCCUUUCUUGAUGACUCAGCUCAUGAAGUUUGUAUCAUGAUUGAUCUCCUUAGUUUUGAAAUUGCAUGUUUUCAUUUUCUUAUA